AUGGUUACCAAAAUAAAUCAUCAGUCAAAUUGACAAUCUAAUAAUGCAAUAAUUAUUUUCAUCAAAGUUUUACUGAUUAUUCAUAUGGUAUUUCUAAUUAACAGUUUGUAAUGGGAGAUCAGGAUAGUGAUACUAGUAUCCAAGAAAGUCGCGGGAAAACUGAGUCUGUAGCUGAAGAGAAACCAAAAAGUUAUGAUUCAGUUGAUGCUUUGAGUGUUUAUCAGUUAAGACCUGCUUUUACGGACAAGUUUAAAGGAAAUCAAAUAAAAGAGAUUAUACUAAGUGUUUUAACGGAAACAUUAUUGGGGAAAGUUUACAGUCCAAAUAAUGCUAAGAAUUGGACUAUUAAAAUGGCAAAUAGUAUUAAUGAAAAAGUUAAAGAAUUACAAAUGAAACGUUAUAAACACAUCGUACAAGUAACGAUAGGAGAAAUUAAAGGUGCCGGUGUAAAAGCGGGGGUUCGUUGUUUAUGGGAUGCCGAAACAGAUAGUUACACAAGCGAACAAUUCAUUAAUGAAACAAUAUUUUCCGUGGUUGUUGUUUUUGGGAUAUAUUUAUAUUAAAAGAAUAAGUUAUUUGUAAUAAAAGAAAAAUUUUAAUUUAA